AUGUCGAAACAAUUGCCCUUCCGCACCGGGGAGGCCAAACCCAGUCGCUUCUCAGCUCGCAACCUGGCAUGGGUUGUAGUAAGUGCUGGCCUUUUAGCAACGGGUUACAAGUUCUCUCAUUUUCGAUCGCUUUGGAUCCAUAGUCCUUACAUACCUGGCUGUGAAGGCGCGUGGAAUGAUGCGGGCAACCCCGACCGCCUGAGAGAUUUCCAAAGUUGCGCAGUAAAUAAUCUUCUUGAGACAGGUCUUCCAUUUAUGAAUGUGGAGCCCAUUGCAGUGUCGGAUUUUGAAGAACGACGAGAUCGGUUGGCACAAGCACUGGUCACUGAAGGGGUGGAUGCCUUCGUGGUGGAACCGGGGUAUACUUUCAAGUAUUAUGGCAACGUAAGCCAGCCCGAGUGGGAAGUGUGGGAGCCGGAAGAGCGUCCGUUCUUGAUGGUUGUACGCCCGUUCCACGAUCAGGCUACUGGCAAUGUCAAGGCCAACACCACCUUUCUCUGCCCGUCUUUUGAGGCUGAGCGUGCCCGCCUAUUGGGAAUGCCCUUCACUGAUUCUAUUCAAAUUGUCUCAUGGGAAGAACAUUGGAAUCCGUAUACAACUCUCAAACAAUCAGAAGUGUUCUUAGGCCUCAGUCGACCGGCACGCUUGAUGGUGGACGAAGAAAUGCGAGAUUUCAUUCAACGCGGACUUGGAUCCGCAGGUUUUGAGAUUGUUGGCUUACAGGGCAAAGUGGAAGAAGUCCGACAGAUCAAAACUGCCAGGGAAGUUGACAUUCUGCGUGCUGUCAAUACGGGAACUGUAGAAGCAGUUCGACAGAUGAGAAAAUGCCUAUAUCCAGGUUUGACAGAGAAUGAAAUAGCUUCUGUCCUCGAUAAUGCUCUCCGAGCAGCCGGGUUGGAUCCUUUCUUUGACAUCGUGCUGUUCGACGAGAAUGCGUCGAACCCGCACGGUGGAACCAAUGGUUCCAAAGUUUUGGAACCCGAGACUUUUGUGUUGAUCGACGUCGGAGCACACCUUUAUGGCUACUCAUCGGAUAUUUGUCGCACCUUCUUCCCCCCAUUCUUGCCCAAACCUGCCAAGGACGAUGUGCUGUCCCCGCGCAUGAGUGAGAAGCUAAAGGUCUGGGACAUAGUAUUCGAGGCGCAGACCCGCUCAAUUGAUCAAAUGCGUGAGAACGUCACCGCCGCUAGUGUGGACAUUGCCGCUCGCGACGUCAUCAGCAGGGCCGGUUAUGGUGAGGCCUUUACGCAUCGCGUUGGCCAUGGUAUCGGAAUCAAAGCCCACGAAAGUCCGUAUCUGAACAAAGGAAACGAAGAAAGUUUGUUAAAGACUGGCAUGACCUUUACAUCGGAGCCUGGGAUCUAUCUGGUAGAUAAAUUUGGAGUGAGACAUGAAGACGUGAUUCUCGUUCAGGGAGACGAAAAACCCUGCCUUCUGACCGGAAGUCGGGCUCAAGGGCCCUGGGAACCAUGA